CAGCACAGCUGAGAGGAAAGCGUCAUGGCGGUGUAGAGCGGAUUACUCUCAAUGUUUACAUUCCAUUUACCGUCUCUAUUCUGAUUUUACCUCGGUUUUACCUCAACGGGACGCGUCUUCUGCGGCGAACGCGUGAAGCAGACUUUCUUUCUUUCUCCGAGCGCCGUCUCGACACACACAGACCGAUCCAGAUCCAGAUCCAGAAUCAGGUGGGUCGAGUGUUUGCUGUCUGUGGGACUGAGAUCCUCUCAAGGGUCAUGGUUGAAGAGGAGCAGCAGCGUUCGGAGGACGAGCAGGUCCCGUUCCCGCUGCUGCAGGGCGAGUGUGUGGAGCGUAUGGAGAAAGCAGAGGAGUCCAUCAUUGCCUUAACCAGCUACCGCCUUCACGUCAGACUACAGGAGAGCGUCAUCAACGUUCCUCUGCAGCUGAUUGAAAGUGUGGAGUGUGCAGAUCUGACACAGAUGCAGCUCACCUGUAAAGACUGUAAGCUCAUCAGGUGUAACUUCCUGUCGGCGGAGCAGUGUCAGGAUUGGCUGAGGAGGAUGAGUGCAGUUGUUCGACCGCCGGCGCGACUGGAGGAGCUCUUCGCCUUCAGCUUCCUCUCGUGCAGCGCUGAAGACAGAGAGGUGCAUGAUGGGAUCUGCUGUGCAGGAGGACCCCAGCAGAGAUUCAAGCAAGAGCUGGAGAGGAUGGGCUUCCACACACACACUGCCUGGAGAAUCUCCCACAUCAACAGCAACUACAGGCUCUGUUCCAGUUACCCAGAGCAGAUAAUGGUGCCUGCUGCGAUCACUGACCUGCAGCUGGAGAACGUGUCUGCGUUCAGAUCAGGAAAGAGGAUCCCGGCGGUCGUUUACAGACACCGGAGUUCGGGCGCUGUGAUUGGUCGCUGCGGACAGCCAGAGGUCAGCUGGUGGGGUUGGCGUAAUGCUGACGAUGAGCUUUUAAUCCAAGCCAUCGCUAAAGCCUGCGUCACGGAUCCGGCUGCAAACACAGUUCAGUCGAACACAAACACAAUCCCCGGUGAGCUCAGUGACUCUGAUCCGCAAGCGGCCAAUGGGAGCGCAGAGGCGGAGUCUAAGGCCACGCCCCCUCAGAAGCUGUUGAUAAUGGAUGCGCGCUCGUACGCGGCUGCAGUAGCCAAUCGGGCGAAAGGAGGCGGCUGUGAGUGUCCAGAGUAUUAUCCCAACUGUGAGGUGAUGUUCAUGGGAAUGGCCAACAUCCACUCCAUCAGGAAGAGCUUCCAGAGUCUGAGGAUGCUCUGCGCUCAAGCACCAGAUCCAGCGAACUGGCUGUCGGCGCUGGAGGGCACUAAAUGGCUGCAGCAUCUGUCUCUGCUGCUGAAGGCGUCUCUGCUGGUGGUGAACGCUCUGGAUCGAGACGGCAGGCCUGUGCUGGUGCACUGCUCCGACGGAUGGGACCGCACGCCUCAGAUAGUGGCUCUGUCCAAACUACUGCUGGACCCCUUCUACAGGACCAUCCAGGGUUUCCAGGUGCUGGUGGAGACGGAGUGGCUGGAUUACGGUCAUAAGUUUGGGGAGCGCUGCGGUCACGGAGAGAACGCAGACGAUCAGAACGAGCGCUGUCCCGUGUUCCUGCAGUGGAUGGACUGCGUUCACCAGCUCCAGAGACAGUUCCCCUGCUCCUUCCAGUUCAACGAGGCCUUUCUGGUGAAGUUAGUGCAGCACACGUACUCGUGUCUGUUUGGGACGUUCCUGUGUAACAGCGUGAAGGAGCGCGAGGAGCGAGGCGUUCAGGAGAAGACCUGCUCCGUUUGGGCUCUGCUGCGGACCGCCAACACUUCCUUCCACAACAUCCUGUACUCGCCACGCUCCGAGACGGUUUUGCACCCGGUGUGUCACGUGAGGAAUCUGAUGCUGUGGAGCGCCGUCUACCUGCCUAACUCCGCCCCCUCCACGCCUUCUGAUGAGUCAUGUGUGCCACACUCCGCCCCCUCAGCCUCGCCCGAGGACACACCUGUGAGCAGGUUACCAAAGACACGCUCAUACGAAGACCUGCCCACAUCCUGUGAGGGUUUGACCCCAAACCGCCGCAGCAGCGACCCAAACCUGAACGAGAAUUGGCAUGACCGCAGGCUCACAUUAGAGAUCAGCGGAAACCACACGCAGACGACAGAACGAGGCGGCCAGGAUCAGAGACUCAGCCUAAACACAAACCUGUCUGAUGAACUAAACACAGACCGUCCAGAGCUUUCUGUGACUGACAGCCACAUGCAAAACAUCUCACAGGAAGAGCACAGGAAGCUGGAUCUUCUGAAAAACAUCAGAAGGAAUACCCCUGAGGAAUCGCCUCUUUAUGAGACCAAUCAGACGCUUGAAGAAAAACGCCCUCCUGGAUCCCAGCAUCCUUCGCAAACUAACGAAAACAUUCAAUUAACACCGGACAGACUGCUUCUAGAUAAUUCAACUAAUACCCAUGAUUCCUCAGAAUGUAGCAGCCAGUCUUCCAUGGAAAGUUCUUCCAGUCCAAACCACACAUCUCAGACUCCUAACGGCGUCUGCUCACCUUCCCAGCAUCCUCUUUGUCCGUCGUCCGAUCGAGAUGGCGGCUCGCAGAUGUCCGCAGCGGGAGACUCUUCUCCGACGUCGCCCCACAAGCGUCCGGUGGAUGUUUCCGGGUGUUUAUCAGUGUUAGGGCACCUGGAUAAGGACGGCUUGAGUGUGCACAGCGAUGCUGUACAGGUGCGUCUGCGGCAGAUGGAGGCGGGGCAUCAGCUGCAGGUGGAGACGCUGAAGAAACAGGUGCAGGAGCUCUGGAGCCGGCUGCAUGUCAACAGGAAGCUGACGUCUGUGCCAGACGUGGAGAAUAACAUGGAGUCUGACUGUUUGCAGCGCUGUGGGAAAACCGAUCUUCUGUCCGAGUCCAGCUGGGAACAGAUCGAACAGCAGGAAGCAGAGUGGUUCUCGGAUCACGCGGCGUCUCGCUGCUACGGGUGUGAGAGGACGGUCUGGCUGACGGCGAGGAAGCAUCACUGCAGCAGCAGAGAGCCGGAGGAGGCCUGGAACUGUGGGAAUGUUUUCUGCAGUAGCUGCUGUGAUCAGAAGGUGGCGGUGUCGAGUCAGCAGCUCCGUGAUCACGGUCACGUGUGUCAGGCGUGUUACGGUCACCUGCGUCCCUCCGCCGUCCCUCCAGCGCUUCCUCCUGCAGACCUGGAGCUGGAGAAACCCAUCUCCGCCAGCUCCACCUGAGAGACACAUCCAGCCCAAUAAACCAAGCUCUCGCUCGCACAGAGCCGUAAGAGUUACACUAACACUCAUGAGACGUGCAAAAAGUGCAGUUCCU